AAAGCAUCAUGAGCUGGCUGGGAAAAGUUUGGACAACCAUGGUUUCGACUCCCUCAUUGACACCACAGAGACUCAAGGGUUCGGUUGGAUACGAGAGAAGCUCACAGAAAGGGAAAUCCUACAAAAUGCUUUAGAUAGGAUAUAAUUUUUGUUUCAUUUCAGCAAGAUUUCCGUGUGAAUAUACAAGAUGUCAGCCUUAUUGAAGAUGGUCGGCAAGGUCUGCUUCAAGUGUUUCGGGAAAUGCUGCAAAAAGUGCUGCAAAAAACUGGGGAAGAAAUGCGCCAAGCAGUGUGUCAAAUGCUGCAAGAAGCAGUGUAAAAAAUGCUGCAAGAGGCGCCUGAAGCAAAUGGCCAAAAACAAGGCAAAGGAGAUGAUGGAGAAAGAGAAAGAAACGAAAGCGUCUGCCCAUAUCGAGAGGGUGAAGUUUCUUGCUAAACAGUACCAUCCCAUGGGUAAAUGGGACGAGAGGUGUUCUUGUACAAUCUGCAUUAAGUGUGUGGAGAAGCUGUGUUGUUGUCUAUGCACAUCGGAAGUGACAGAAUCGUCUAACCCCAUACGAAGAUGCUGCAUCACCGGCACGAGGGAGAACAGCAUAGCAAAGACCUUCCUCGGUUUUAUCUCUGGCCUAAUGUUAACGGUUCUCCUGUACUAUUUGAUGAUCCGCCACAUGAACUACUCCAAGGGAAGCGCGGAUACAGCUGGCUGUAUCCUUGGAGUCAUCCUCACGGUGGGCAUGGCCGUGUCAGCCAAGUUCCGCUGCACCAUCCUCCUCAUGCUACCCAACUUCUUCUCAAGCCGCGGCCGGUCUGUUGCGAUGGCGUACGCCAUGGUGUUGGUGAUGUCCGGUCCUUACGUCAACCUGCAGCACAACAUCGAGGUGGGGUCACGGAGCAUGUCAUGCGGGUCAGCUCUGGCUGCGAACCAAUCAGAGGCUCUGGCUGAUCUCAUCAUGUCGCCAGUCUCGCAUAUAAUAGACGCUGUAGAAGACGUCAUCCAACAGCUGCAGGAAGCCGCAGAGAAAGCCAAGAGGGGGUUUAUAGCCGUCAGGGACACCAUUUAUUCAGUAGGAAAUACCAUUAAGAAGGCGGCAGAAUGGCUGGACAGCCUUGCGGAAGGGUGCGGAGAUAAAAUGGACGCCUUGGAAGUCUGCUUAGACCAGAUGCUUUACAAAAACUGUUUUUUUUGUGGCAUGAUCCCGUGGAGUAUUCGGCAAGAUAUGUGCAAAACUGUGAACAAAGUAGUCGGAAAGGCUUUGUGUAAGGCAACGAAAAAGAUCAAGGACAUGGCUCACAAGCUGAUUGUUACGCCUGCCGCAAAUGCUAUGAAAAACCUGGAGCGCGAGUUCUACUUUGACGUGGACAUCUAUCACAACUACACUCUUGUGAAGGACGUAUCUAAGUCUGGCAAAGAGAUCAGGGAAGAAAUCCUUCAAGAGAUCAAGGGAAGAACAGAGACAUUCAGGACACUGAUCCGGUCUGUAAGCAAUGUCAUGGUCAUCACCUUUCUCGUCUUGUACAUCAAGGCCGUUAGCUACCGGAGGAAGUACAUGACCAAGGACAGGUUUGACAACUUGUACAUUACGGAAGAGUUUAAAGCCAUGGACAAGAAGCGGAAUGAUAUGUGGAAGGAAACCGUCCUGCCUCUAGAUUACAGAGACUACUACAGAUACAUCCAUCCCGCCGGUUUCCGCAUGUGUAAGGCGGAGAAAAACAACCUCGGCAAAGGUCUGAUCUUCUGGCUGAUCAACGUCAUCUACGGAGGGUUCAUCAUGGCCAUGGACUGGUCGCAGUGGUGGCUGCUCACGAUGGUCGCGAUCCACGCCGACAUGCAAAUUGACGCCAACCCUCCCCACCGUAUCGGCAUGCAGAUACAUGGGGACGGGAUGUUAGCGGAUAUGUACCGUGUGAUCAUCACCAGUUUUGACCCCAUAGCGGCGGAAGACUUCACCUUCGACACAACCAAGUGUUUACCUAAUCCAAGAUUCCCAGACCUUUCCGUGUACAAGAGAAUAGGUUUGAUUUACGGUGCUUGCCUGUUCACCGUUAUUUUCGAGUCCUACGGAUUGCGCCUGCGCAGAGCGACCUGUGCAAGCUACUUUCCCGACCGGGAACGAGAACGAGUUGUCUGGCUGUACAACCACAUGCUGAAGAGAAAAGGGGGCCUAGCGGCGACCCUGAGAAAGUGGGCGGCGCGAAAGGCGAUAGAACGAAUGGCAGAAGAGGCUGAUCAGGAGGUUUCGUUUGGCCCAGACCGAGAAGAAUACGACUCAAACGUGCUGGACAGGUGUGCGUCAAGCUUUCCAUGUGUUGAAAGGCUGUUGAAAAUGUGCGGCUGGAAAGGGAAGAAGUUCUGCAUAUCUUGCGCCAAACCAGGAAAGCAGGAGGACAAAAAGAAGUUUAAACAUUGCGAAAAUGCCGGCUGCAAAGGGAUAUUUUGUUUGGCUUGCUGGGUCCAAAUCAACAACACCUGCACACUGUGUAUGCGCCCUGUGGACUAUUCAGAUGCUGCGUACGUCAGUGAAGAACUAGAUUCUAGUGACGAAGAGGAAGUAAGAAAACUCCACCAAGCUAGAAAGAAGCGCAGCUCGGGAUCAGAACUGAGGCUGCGACGACUGAAGAAAGAACAGAAGAUGGCAGAAAAGCAAGAGGGUGAAGAGGAAACAAAGCCUCCUGAGGCCAGCGUGGAGGAAUCAGACGACAGUGAUGCCGACACUGACCUGGACAUGGGUUACCAAUACACCUCAGCCGAUUCUGAGUCCGAUUCUGAAGAUAAUGACGCAACAAGAGUGAGGAGCAACAUUGAACUGGUGACUUUCCAAGACGUGACUUGCGCAGUAGAACACAGUGGAUAUGACGGGAAUUACAUCGGACAGGAUCAGACAUACCAAUACGGACACGACGACCUAACGGAUAUACGUAUAGACAGACAGUAGUACUUGCAUACAAAUAUAGUGAUUCUACCACUUCUUCUCUUUGAUUUACAGUGGGAAUCGAUAACUUGUGUAAUCUUGCUAUAGACUACAGGACAAAGACCUUUAUAUUAACAAGAGUUCAGAGACCUCAUACCGGCAUGACAUAUUCAUUUUUUGUAAAUUUCUUGUUUUAUCUUGUUUCAUUGAUUAUGCAAAUACCUCUGUAGGAAGCGUAAAUCUAUCUUAAAUGGUGAUCUUCUCCACACAAAAAUAGAAUACUACAUUGGACAUGUGACAGUCUAUUCCUUUGGCAGAAUUCCCUAUCAUAAUAAUAAUAAUGGUUUAUUUCACAGAAGCAUUUCGCUGCCUUUAGGCUGAAUUGCACACUCCUUUCACAAGAGAGUCAAAAAUCGACUGUGGGCAUUACAAUUGAUUAAUAUACAGCUGGGUAAAAUCCUAUACAUAAAAUUUACAGCCUUAAGAUUAAAAGUAUUUUUAAAUUCUAUUGAUAUGAUUUACAGCAACAGGAUAAUCUCAGCGUUUGUAAUGCUUUCUAAUCUUGAACAUUUUACAUCGGUGGUCGAUACAAUACAUGAUCAAUUAACAAUACAAUAACAAUACAAGAAAUAAAAUUUGAUGGGGUUUUCAUUCACAUAUCAACUU